UGGGCCGUAACCAAAGAUCAUCGUGUUGUUUUGAUAUAGAUGAUCAUAUUGUUUAUAAGUGGCGUAAAAUUCAUGUUGUGGGAAAACGAGUGGUGAUAAGUUUUGGUCUGCCUUAAUCCACAAAUGCUUGAAUUCAGGCGAGUGUUGAAGCUUUCAGAAAACAUGCUGGACCUGAUACACCAUUGUGGGGUAUGACUGGCAACUUGUGCCUUUUGGACUAACCCAGUGGCCGGCCUUCUAGUGGAGAUGAUGCAGUGACAUGCCUAAUUAUGUCUCAAGACAGAAAAAUGGCAAGAGUACCAGCAGGAAGGGAUAGAGAGAAGCAUCGGUCUUCAAGCCCAAAAUUACGAGGCUCAGGAGGUGCUGGGCGCUCAUCUUCAGGAAGAGUAGGGAAGACACAAGUGAAGAAAUCUGCUUCAGACCGGAAACUCGAGUCUCAAAAAUUAAGAUUAGCUGCUAGAGAAAUAAGAUCCGACCGACGACACACAGUUAAGAAGAAGAAUACGUCGAAAGUACAAAAGCAGGUUCCGAAAGCUGACAGUACGCCAACAGUUGCAGAAGGAAAGGUGACUGAAGAUGAAGCGCUGUACAAACAGAAUAUGUUGAUAACACCAGAUUCCGAGCGAAAAUGUUCAGCACGUGAAAUCGAAAAAAUCAGAGAAGCACUCGUAGACGCUCUCAAACCUCUCGAGGACGGGUGUUUUCCACAGUUUUACAAUUCUAACAAUUCCCAGGGUGUUCUCGUCCUUACGUGUGCCAACGAGCAGACAAAGCAGUGGCUGGAGAGAACUGUGCCCCUGCUGAAGCCGUGGGACGGUGCGAAGCUCUGUGUAAAGCCUAAGGGGGAAGUCGCACGAGGGACUAAGGUACUAUUUAAGACACCAAAGUUGUUUGCCAAGACAGACCCCAAAAAGAUCUUGUUGAUGCUCAGCACUCAAAACAAGACUCUAGAGACCAGGACGUGGAGGAACGUUAGUGCGAAAUCCGAUUCGUCGGGCCAGACUCUGGUCUAUUUAGUCGACAAUCGGAGUCUCGAAGCCAUCCGAGCCUUGAAGAAUAAAGCGUAUCUCGGAUUGGGCAAUGUUGAGUUAGUUAUCUUAGAUGAGGAGGACAGCAAGCAGGACUCUGUAGAUGCAGACGUGAAAAAUGAGGCGGAAGAUGGCAAGGACACGGCUCCCGCAGAAAAAGCUCAAGUGUCGUGAUGUUCGUAUUUGAGAAGCAGCCACAAACGUGAUGUGAAUUCAGUGUCCUCGUACAGUGUACCGAGGAGGACAGUGCGUGUGCUCAAGCUGCUUCUAGUUGCGGUGCAACCUUGUUUAUUUGUACUGUGUGAGGUCAGAAGUUUGCCUACAAACCAGGAGAAUUUGGUAAUACAAAUAAUGCUGUUGUGGUCUUCAGGCCAGAAACUCGCUCGGUGCCUCAGACUUCAAAUUGUCUGCCGGUUUUUGGAGUUACAAGGUUUCCACAGUUAUUUUUUUGGAAGUGAUGGAGAUAAGAGGCAUGUAACAAGUGCACGGUUAAGAACUGAAAUGAAUGAAUGUUUAAUUUGUUUUAAAAAAUACUUACUUAAACUUUGCAUUAUAUGUGUAUUAUGAAACAUCUGUAAGGAUACAUUGUUACAGAUAUUGAUCAAAAUAUUAGAAUCUGGAUGUUAAUAAAUUAAAGUGUUUAAAAAACAUAGAACCAAUGUUGUUAGCUUUAAUAAAACUUUUAUUACUAUAAA